AUGGAUUCUCUAAUACCUUUUACAACGUCGGGAUCUCUUGUGGAUUGCGUGGACAGAAAGAUGCUGGUAAUAUUGCGAGAUGGGAGAAAGCUGCAUGGCGUUCUGCGAUCCUACGACCAAUUUGCAAAUUUAGUUCUAGAAGACACCGUCGAACGGAUAUAUCAUGAAAACCUAUUCGCAGAAAGUUGGCAUGGCCUGUUUCUAAUCAGAGGAGAAAACGUUGUGUUGCUGGGCGAAAUUGACCUUGACCGAGAGGACGAUAUACCUUUACGCCAAGUGGAAUACCACGAGCUUGAACCAUUCCACAAGAGCGCUAUCGAGCUUAAGAAACAGAACGACGAUGCCAAAUCACACAUACUCUAUAAACAAAAAGGAUUCUGCAAGGAAGGCGGUGAAGGUGAUGGAUAUUAG